AGGAGAAAAUGUUGGGCUGGUGCCAAGCGAUAGCUCGUAACCCUCACAGACUUCCAAACAGCACAAGAACACCCGAGGUCUCAGGUGAUGCUUCACAUAACUCUACUUUGAAUGACAAAUCCCCAGGGCGUUCUACAAGUCGAUCAAGUAAUAUUUCAAAGGCAAGCAGUCCUACAACAGGAACAGCUCCCAGGAGUCAGUCACGGUUGUCUGUCUGCCCUUCCACUCAGGACAUUUGUAGAUCUACUACCUUGCAUGAUUUGUCAGAAGAUGAGCUUGAACAUGCAACCCCUGUCAUGGUGCUUACCCCUUCUAAUAGGGAGUCUGGUAAGAAACAAGUAAAACGAAGGUUUAGGCGGAAAAGAGAGACUGGAGACAAUGGUGAGCAUACAGAAAAGCAAGGAAAGGGGAAAGACUGUAAAUUGCAUCCUGAGCCUGCGAGAUCCAGCUGGAAUGCAUCUGAUUCAUCAUCAUCUUCGGAUGAGAGUCAGUGGGCUCAGGCUAGGAGGAGAGCGAGAGAAAAGGCCAGAAUGCCCAGGAGAGGGAGAAGGAACAAUAGAACAUGCAGUAACCAGGAUGGGUCCUCAAACAAUAAUGCUGUUGAACUUGUCACCUUGGGGACAAUGGGGAAAAAGAAGCAAGAGGUAUCUGACCCUGAGAAUCCUACUUUAAAUCACCGCCGAAGAAGGGUUCCAAGGCUUAAGGAAUCACAGUCUUCAGCGUCAUCUCAGGAAGCAAGGAUUUCCUCAAGAAAAUGUGGGAAAAGCAAAGGGAAAAGCUACUACAGAGAUCAGCAGCUUGCGUCUUUCCUUAGACACAAUAAAGAUUCGAAGGACUGCUUUGCAGAGGCAGGCUCUGGCAGUGAUGCUCUGGCAGUCCCAGAUAACGGAGCACCUGCUGGGGCAGGGCCCAGUGUGACUGAUGCUGUUCAGAAGCCUCCAGUGUUGUACGAUGACUGGUCUGAUGAUUUAGAAGUAUGCAGGAUCUGUCACUGUGAGGGAGAUGAUGAAAGUCCCCUCAUCACACCAUGUCGCUGCACAGGGACCCUGCGCUUUGUUCAUCAGGCCUGCCUGCACCAGUGGAUUAAGAGCUCCGACACGCGCUGUUGUGAACUCUGCAAGUACGACUUUAUAAUGGAGACCAAGCUCAAACCUCUUCGGAAGUGGGAGAAACUACAGAUGACGACAAGUGAGAGAAGGAAAAUAGUUUGUUCAGUCACAUUCCACGUAAUUGCAAUUACUUGUGUUGUUUGGUCAUUGUAUGUUUUAAUUGAUAGAACCGCUGAGGAAAUUAAACAAGGCAAUGAUAAUGGUGUCCUUGAAUGGCCAUUUUGGACAAAACUCGUUGUGGUGGCCAUUGGAUUCACAGGCGGCCUGGUCUUCAUGUACGUGCAGUGUAAGGUUUAUGUUCAGCUGUGGCGCAGGUUGAAAGCCUACAACAGAGUGAUCUUUGUUCAGAACUGCCCAGACACCGCCAAAAAACUGGAGGAGAACUCCUCUUCGUGCACUCAGACCUCGGACGUCAAGGAUGCAGUGGUGGUGCCAGUAGCACAGACAGGUACAAACUCUCAGCCGGCAGCUGAAGAAACGACAUCUGAGGUCAUGCCAGUUUGACAGAGACAGCAUUGUUUCUUCCUUGCAGUAUAAGGCGUAGUGUUUUCUACACUACAAAUGCUAAAAGAGAGUAGAAAUGACUGUGCAUUUUUUCAGUUAAAAAAAAACAAAAAAACACACAAAAAACAAAACCCUACAAGGAAAAUGGAUCCAGCAAAGCAACUUGUUACUGUAUGGAAUGUGACCGUUCGUGAAGUAGUUUCUCAACUAGUCAGCAAGUGUAGUGAAAGUGGAAGUGUAGAAAGUGCAAUAGAGAACAGGUUUAACAGACAAUGCCAAACCAAUGUGACAAGAGUACUUUUUUUU